AUGACCGAGAACGCAGCUCCACGGUACAUUUGCUUCCUCUGCAAGCGGAAGUUCGCCAGUGCCGCACUCCUCACGAAGCACAAGCAACUCUCUGAGCUUCACCGGAGAAACCUCACCAAGCAGGAGGAAGAGAACCAGCAGCGGAAGGAGGAGCUCCGCCAAGCAGUGGCAGCGGUGAAGCGCCAGGUCCAGGAGGUGGAUGUGGCGUUGAGUAAACUGGAGACGCCUGAGGAGGCGCUCCUUACUCAGCGCCAGAACCUGGAGAUGAAGUGCCGCCAGGCCAUGAGUGAGUAUGGGCAGGUCCAGGAACGGCUGGAAAUCAGCCGACACCAGCAACUCUGUGAGCGCCAAGGUGAUGGUGCACCGGCCUGGUCGCUGAGCGGUGCACAUGAGACCACGCUGGGGCGUUUGCUCCUGUCUGCGGGCGCUGCAUCCUGGCAAGGGAACAAGGACGAGAACGAAGUGGGGUUUGACCGACGUGGAGCUCCGUGCCCCGGGCGGUCAACGCAUCGUGGGCGUCAUCGUGUUUGA